CUGAUGAACUUUUUUUAUUGACUGGCCUCAAAGAGACUUUCCUACAUUUGAGCCCUACAUUGUUGUGCUGGAAGUUGGCAUUGAAUGGAUUUUAAAAUUGAAUACACUUGGGAUGGUUUUCCAGUGAGGCAUGAGCCAGUGUGUGUCAGGCUGAGUCCAUGUGAGCAGGGAGUGAAGAUGAGGGUUAGGGCUCCAUUUUUCAAUGAUCCUCCAGCCCCUCUUGGAGAAGCAGGAAAGCCUUUCAGUGAACUGUGGAAUUAUGAAGUUGUAGAAGCAUUUUUCUUGAAUGCUACAACGGAGCAAUAUUUAGAAGUUGAGCUUUGUCCACAUGGACAGCAUUUAGUUCUUUUACUCUCUGGAAGAAGAAAUGUUUGGAAAAAAGAGCUUGCGUUAUCAUUCAAAGUGUCCAGAGGAGAGACUAAUUGGGAAGGUGAAGCUUAUCUUCCUUGGAGUUAUUUUCCACCAAAUGUGACACAAUUCAACUCAUUUGCAAUUCAUGGAUCAAAUGAUAGAGUUUAUGAAGCACUUUACCCUGUGCCACAGCAUGAGCUGCAACAAGGACAAAAACCUGACUUCCAUCGUCUCGAAUAUUUCAAGCCUUUCAGUUUUAACACACUGCUUGGAGAAGGAUGGAAGCAGCCAGCAUCAGACCUGUGGCUAAUAGAGAAACCCUAUGUGUAGGAGUAUAACCAACAGUGUCAGUCAUAUCUCCUCUGUAUCUUUAAGGUAAUCUAAUAAGACACAUAAACACAUUUCAACAACAAACAUUUUAACAGAGAUCACCGAAAUAUAGUAUCUCUGUGGCAAAUUGUAUUUAAUAAACAAAGAAAUAGAAACUCUGUAUAACAUAAAAUAAUUUUUACUUAAAUAUCCUUUCCACCCUUGAAAUCAGUAUAAAACAAUAAUCUAUUUUACUUGAUGAAACCUUCUAUAUCUGCUAAGGCAUCAAGACAGAAGAGUUAUCUAACUAGAUAUUUUUACUAUGUAGGAAGAAAUGAAAUAGUUUUGAACUAAUGAAAUGAAGUUAAUACUUUUACUUACAGAUAAGUGAUAUUUUCUUAAUGUUGCUAAGGAAGAUGUGAGAAACCUUUUAUUUGAUUUUUGAAGUGUCAGUCCUGGUUGAAGAUAGUUCCCAAUAUAAUAAAUCAGUACCCCUCUCUCACAUAAACGAGUCAUGCAGACAAAAACUGAACAAAAGGAGCCUAAGAGUGAAACUGUACCACAGAUCAAAUUAGACACAGCUGCAGAGUGUUCCACCAACAGCUGUAGAACGAGUUCUAUUUUCAGAGGCUUAUCAAACAUGUUCCAGAAUAAGACCAGUAACACAUUAGUUGCAAUUCAGAUAGCUGUAGCUACUUGGGUUUAUUUAUACUAGAAGACUUUUAUAUCUGAUAAACAAAUUCAGCCAAGUGGCACCCAACACAGUCAGAAUACAUACAAAAAUAAUAGAUUUUCCACACCCACUACCAACCUGCUGAGAAAUCAGGAAAGCAGUCUUCUCUCAGCAAAAGGAAUAUUUAGGGACAAGCCUCUGUGUUAGUUACUUUUCUCAUUAUAGUUAAAAGAUAAUUGACAGAAGCAAGUCAGUGAAGGAAGGUUUUAUAUUGGCUCACAGCUCUGGAUACACUCCAUCAUUGUGGGGAAACAUGGCCAUAGGAAUGUGAGGUGGCUGAUCGCAUGUGUCUACAGUUAAAAAGACAGAGAGAUGAAUGAUGGGCUCAGCUUGCUUUCUCAUUUUCAUUCAGCCCUGUAUACAUUCCCAUGGAAUGAUGUAGACCUCAUUCUGGGUUUGCUUUCCAUUCUCAACCCUUUUUUAAAACAUUCACAAAGACAUAUUUAUGAGUGUAGCUCCUAGGUUAUUCUAACUGCACUUAAGCUGACAGUGAGAUUACUCAUCAUAUCUUGUUGAGGUGGUGAAAGGCUUCUACAAUGAAAGUUACAGAACUCUGGAGAAAGAAAUUGAGGAAGACACUAGAAGAUGAAAAGACAUUCCAUGUUCUUGAAUCAGCAGAUUUAGUAUUGGGGAAAUGGCCAUAUGAAAAUGAGCUAUCUAGAAGUCUAUAUGAUCACCCUCAAAAUUUAAAUGAGAUUCUUCACAUUACUAGACCAGUAUCCUAAAACCACAAAAGACCUAAAAUAGGCAAAGAUGUCCUGAGUACCAAGAACGUUAUUGAAGUUCCCAAUAUUUGAUUUCAAGUUAUAGUAUAGAGUUGUAGUAAUAAAUGGGACCAUCAUAAAAGCAAGCAGUAGACCAAUGAACUAGGGCAGAGGAUCCAAAAAUUAUCCUGCACAGCCAUAGAUAUGUAAAUUUUGACUAAGGAAUAAAAAACACUCAUGAGAAAAAUUUUUUGCAACCAUUGAUGCUGGGAAAAUUGUAUAUUCAUAUGGAAUACUAGAGCUAAAUCCCCAUAUCCCACCCUAUAUAUAAAUCAGUCCCAAGACCUUAAUGUAAGAUCUGAAACUUUGAAAUCAAAAGAAGACAUAUGGAAAAUAUAAAGACAAGCAGUGACUUAAGGAAUAUAACUCCAUUGACUCUGGAAAUAAAAGAAUCAACAAAUUGGAUUUCAUCAAAUUAAAAAGCUGUACAGGAAAGGAGAUAAUUAAUGAAGUGAAGAGACAGACUCUAGCAGGGAGAAUCAGAGGCUUAACAUCUAGCAUAUAUGAAGAACUUAGAAAAACAACACCAAAGCAAGUCAGGGCAAUGUGCAAUCAAUAAGUGAGCAGAUUAUCUACACAAUUCUCAAAAGAACUUGUACAGAUAGCUAAUAAUUAUUAAAAAAAAUUAGUGUUUUUAGGUAUUAAGAAAGUUAAAACUGCAUUGAGAUUUCAUUUCAUUCCAGUAAAAAUGACUAUCCUGAAGAAAGCAACAAAUGUUGGUUAGGGUAAGGAGAAAGAGCUCAAAUCCACUACUCUUGGGGACUUAUGAGUGUUGUCAACUGUGGAAAUAUACUGAAAUCAGAGCUGCAUAUGAUCCAGCUCUACCAUUUUGAGUACAUCCCCCAAGGGAAUCAGAAUCAGCAUAGCUCUGUUCAUCACACUAUUCAAGCUACGGUGUCAGCCUAGGUGUUUGUCUACUGAUGGAUGAAUGGAUAAAGGAACAGGCAUGCACACACAAGACCGACCCAGAGAAAUGGCAUACCAUUCAGCUACAAAAAGAACAAAAUUACGUCAUUAGAAAAAUGAAUGGGACUAGAUACUGUGUUGAGUAAGUCAGUCUCUGAAACAUAAAUAGCUCAUGUUUUUCUUCCUGUAUGAAAGUUAAAGAAAAUAAACUACCUGAAUAUUCAAGAGGAGACUAUUAGAGAAGUAGAAGAUUUGCGGAGAGGAUGGAGUGGGGUAUAAAAAAAUGUCUGUAGUUGUAUACAUGGAUGAAUCUCCCAAUGUUAAAUCCACUAUUCUGUGUAAUUAAAACUGCAUUGAGUUUUUAUCUUAUCCCAGUAAAACUGGCUGUAUUCAAGAGAGCAACAAACACUGGUGAGGGUAAGGAGGAGAAAGUUCUGUCUACUAUUUAUAUUAGUAUUGUCAAUAUGGAAAAUCAAUAUGGAGAUGCACAAAUUAAAAGUUUCUGGUCUAGAAGUCACAAA